AAACUUUGAGAGCAGAAGAAGAUAUAAUCAAUAAGUAAAUCAUUGAAGUUAAUUAAUUAAUCGAGGGAAGUGAUCGGGUGGAGGUUAGUAGUAAUUGAAGAGGGGGAAAGAAAAAAGAGAAGCAGCUAGCAUUGAAUUUUUUUUGAUGGGUUAUUAUUAUUAUUAUUAUUGAUUAUUACUAGUAAAAUAAAACGAAUAAAAUCAAAAAUUUUAAAUUUGGGUCUAAUCAAUUUGCAAAAUUUGCUGCUACAACAACAUUGGUGAGAGUUGAAAGAGGGAUUGAAAAGGACACAGGCUGGAUGGGGGGUGUUGCAUGAGAGCUGCUGCUCUGCGGAACCAAGGGCUUUAAUGGGGUCGGUCUGUGUCAUUAAUGCCCGUCUACCAACAACCUCUACCGGUAACCAUUUAAUGUCCCCCCACAGCCCAGAAUAAGAUGAUUUUUUUUUUCUUCUUCUUCUUCUUCUUCUUUCCCAAUCCUAGAAGAGUAGGGAGGAUGAGGUUUGAAUUCAUUCAUUCAUUCAGGGAUGGCCUUUUAAUUCAGAACAAGAGUUGAGGUGUUAGAUAGAUAGAUAGACAUGCAUUCCGAGAAAUCAAUGAAUGAAUGAAUGAAGGAGGAUCAUGCAGCCAAUGAGUUUUGACGGUUUGUUUUGUGUGAUUAGUUGAAUCCAUCCCAUCCAUCUCCCCAACAACUGGUCAAAAUUCACACUAAUUUUUCUCAUCUCUCUCUCUUUCUUUCACACUAUUACCUGCUUUUAAAGAGCUACUACUAGUACAAUCAAUAGUUUGAGAUCUGUCGUUAAUCAAUUUAUCUGCUUCAUCCUAGCUAAUCCCAUUCAUGAGUAAGAACAACUGUUAGCUAGUGUUGAGAAGAAAAACAACUACUCCCUUUAUUAUUGAUUAGCGAGUCCAUCCAUCCCAUCUAUCUAUCCAUAUUAGCGAGCAAAUCAUGAGGAGCUCUGCUUCUGCGGCUUCGGAAGUGAUGAUGGAGAUAGAAGCAAGCAAACCCCAAGGCCAGGGUUUAGUGGUGGGAGGUCUCAGUCCUCUGAGUGAGACCCUUUGGAAGGAGAAAACCAACACCGAAUUGGUUGGGGAUGUCUCUGCCAGGCUCACCUGGAAGGAUCUUACGGUCAUGGUCACCCUCAACAAUGGGGACACCCAGAAUGUACUUGAAGCCCUCACUGGCUAUGCUGAACCCGGAAGCUUCACUGCCCUCAUGGGUCCUUCUGGUUCUGGCAAAUCUACCCUUCUCGACGCCCUUUCCGGUCGGCUCGCCGCCAAUGCUUUCCUUUCCGGCACUAUCCUUCUCAAUGGUCGCCGUGCCAAUCUCUCUUUUGGAACUGCAGCAUACGUGACCCAAGAUGACACCUUGAUCGGCACAUUGACGGUUCGGGAAACCAUCUCCUAUUCAGCGCAGCUCCGUCUCCCUGAUAGGAUGCCUUGGUCUGAGAAGCGUGCCUUGGUAGAGAGCACCAUCAUUGAAAUGGGCCUCCAGGACUGUGCCGACACCGUUAUCGGAAACUGGCACUUGCGCGGGAUCAGCGGUGGAGAAAAGAGAAGGGUUAGCAUCGCGCUGGAGAUCCUCAUGCGACCUAGGUUGCUUUUUCUAGAUGAGCCUACCAGUGGACUCGACAGUGCUUCGGCAUUUUUCGUGACCCAGACCUUGCGUAGUCUAUCCAGAGAUGGCCGCACUGUGAUAGCUUCCAUUCAUCAACCUAGCAGCGAGGUCUUUGAACUGUUUGAUCGAUUGUACUUGCUUUCUGGUGGGAAGACCGUUUAUUUUGGACAGGCUUCUGAAGCUUACGAGUUCUUCGCACAAGCUGGCUUUCCUUGUCCUUCUCUCAGAAACCCAUCUGAUCAUUUUCUUAGAUGCAUAAAUUCCGAUUUUGACAAAGUUAAGGCCACUCUCAAGGGGUCCAUGAAGAUACGGUUUGAGACGAAUGAUGACCCUCUUGAAAAAAUAACAACGGCUGAAGCAAUCAGAACCCUUGUUGACUCCUACCGCACUUCUCAGUAUUGCUACUCUGCUAAAGAAAAAGUUGAGGAGAUGUCUAAAAUUAAAGGGACCGUUUUGGAUUCUGGGGGGAGUCAGGCAAGUUUCUUAAUGCAGGCAUUCACUCUAACAAAGCGAUCUUUCGUGAACAUGUCGAGAGAUUUUGGUUAUUACUGGCUCAGGCUUGUUAUCUACAUCGUAGUUACCAUCUGCAUUGGAACAAUUUAUCUUAAUGUGGGCACGAGCUACAGUUCUAUCCUGGCUAGGGGUGCUUGUGCAUCUUUCGUCUUUGGCUUUGUCACGUUCAUGUCAAUUGGUGGUUUUCCUUCAUUUGUGGAAGAUAUGAAGGUGUUCCAAAGAGAGAGAAUGAAUGGCCACUAUGGUGUAACUUCAUUUGUAAUCAGCAACACACUGUCUGCAAUGCCGUUUCUGAUAUUGAUCACUUUUAUAUCUGGGACGGUUUGCUACUUCAUGGUUCGCCUCCAUCCCGGGUUUUCGCAUUAUGUGUUCUUUGUGUUGUGCCUUUAUGCAAGUGUGACAGUGGUCGAGAGCCUGAUGAUGGCUAUAGCGAGCAUUGUACCCAACUUCCUCAUGGGCAUCAUCACUGGCGCUGGUAUUCAGGGAAUAUUUAUGCUGGUAUCUGGCUACUUCAGACUCCCGAAUGACAUCCCAAAGCCAGUCUGGCGUUACCCAAUGUCUUACAUCAGUUUCCACUUCUGGGCUCUUCAGGUUAUAUUAAUUAGUUGUGCUGUGAUUGGAUCAAAAUAAUGUGGAGAGCAUGCAUUUAAUACUGGGUUUCUUGUCUUGGGAUACAUUUUGUUUUGGAACAGGGUCAAUACCAGAAUGAUCUGAAGGGCCUGGUGUUUGAUAACCAAACCCCGGACAUGCCUAAAAUCUCUGGAGAGUACAUAUUGGAGUAUGUUUUCCAGAUUGACGUGAACAGAUCAAAAUGGAUAGAUCUGAGCGUCAUCUUCAGCAUGAUUAUCAUAUAUCGUAUCAUCUUCUUCAUCAUGAUCAAGAUCAACGAGGAUGUCACCCCUUGGGUCCGCGGUUACCUUGCCAGGAGAAGAAUGCAGCAGAAGAGUGGGAAUCAGAACACCACAGUGGCGCCCUAUGGACUCACCCAAUCUCCUUCCCUCAGGACCUACGUCACUGGUGGUGGUACUAGCAAGAAUAACAGGUAGAUGAUCAAGAAAGAAGAAUCUCGAGCCUGCCGCGGCUGGCACUGGUUCGGAAAGGGGGGCUACAUGCUCUGCAGCUUGAAGAUAAAUAUCACCAUUCCCUUCUCAUUAAUAAUGAGUUAUGGCUGGCUGCCUCUAAUUGAGAAAGGAGAGAAAACAGGAAAUGAAUUCUGCUUCCUAACUCCUACAUGUUUGUUCAAUUAAUCUCAGAAUCUACAUAUCUAAGUUAAUUAUAUAUGGAUCCAAGAGCUAUGAUUACCAGAUGCACCCAUUUAAUUCUUAUGUACUGUACUUAGGACCUAUAACAUCAUCCAUAGUGGAUUGAUGUCACAUUUAACCAGCAGUAGAAAUGAAUGCUAGUUUGUGAUCUCUGAUGCUCGCCCUGGGGGUUUUGCGUAAUUAUUAGCAGUUGCAGAUAAUUAAACAGUAGAGCCGAGAUUGACUUACAUACUAAGAGACAGCAGCGAAGUGC